GCGUCUCACAUUCGCCUCCUCUUCGAACGCCUAAUGCUUACCCUCUUUUUCCCUCUCUUCGUUGCUGGCUGGCUCAGACACUUCUUACUGAACUGAGCACAUUGUUUCCUUCAGUCAGCUGUCUCCAUGCAUACCUAAGCGUUUUCACUUUCCACAGCCGCUGCUGGUGUCCAGCGACAUUCUUUUCAUCUUGUGAUUUUUUGCGAAGGUUGGCACAAUGGAAGAAUGGGUCGCUCAUUUGCCUCUGCUCGAGGCCCGGUCGCACUUCAAUGUGUCGCUCAACACCUCGGCCGUUAGCGAAACCUCCUGGUCCUCGACAAACUCUACCAGAGCCGUGAUUGCGAGCUUGCAAUUGGCGCAGGUACAAACGACGCGCACGAUGCAUCUGGCUCUGGGUGUCUUCAGUCUGGCUCUCGCGCUGUUGACGGUCUACCGAAUCUUGUCAGAUGCACGCAGAGCGGCAGCGCUACAGGUCACUCUUCGGAAGCAAAGGUUUAACUCUCUUCAAAAUGUCCACCCUGCCGAGACUUUCCCACUCGCGCUGGCUUGCGGUGCGGUUCUUUCGCAAAUUAUAUUCGUAGCUGUGCAGAGCACAACUCUCUAUAGUGUUUUAUCUAAAAACUGUCGAAUGCUGGCCAUGAUCACCUACCCUGCCAUCUUUAUCAUGGGAUACCUCACUCUAGUCUUCGGCAUCGAGACAGCCUUCCGGUCCUUCAAAUCCGAACGAUUUGCGCCCCGAGGGAAAUGGAACACGAUAUUCUGCAUCGCUGCAGUCGCGUUCUUCUCGGUUCUGACCUGGAUCCCGACCAUCGCGUGGCCCAUGCUGAACAGAUGCUUCGGUAGUCUGAUCUGGUUUCCAAUGCGCUACGAUCUCCUCACACUUGUCCUCCUUGUCGUUCUCAUCUCCAUGCUCCUCCUCUUGACGGCCGUCAUCAGCAUCCAGCUCAUGCGAAGCGCGGAUAUCGAUCCAAACGAGCGCAUCGCAGCAUCGAGAAUGUGCUACUACCUGAUUCUGACCGCGGUCAUCUACAUCCUGGUCGUCCCAUGUCAGAUCCAAUCUCUGCAGAAGAACUUCGAUGCCGCGCUCGGUGGUUCGCGUUUCGCUGAGGCGUCACUCUUCUCAUCCGGCAUGGUCAUCUCCUUCUUCCACCUUUUCCUACGCACGAACGCAAACCGGCUCGUUAUCCGACCUAUCGACGAGAUGAGGGCCCAGUCCAAGCAGAAGCGUCCAAGGCUCCGUUUCUUCGGCCCGAGCGAUUUGGAGAUGAAUAUCAGCGGACCCAUGGGGCUCCAGGGUGGACGUCGCCCAGACAGCAGACAAGGCUUGAUCGACGUCGGCCCCGAGAAGAACCGAUUCGACUUUGACCCGGAGUACUUUGAGCGUCCAGAUCGGGUGAUUACGCCAGGGUCGAAACUCCAGAGCCCAAUUGACCUGACCAAAUGGCCACUACCUCCAGAUCUAGAGGAGCCAAAGGAGACGACAAAGAAGCGAGGCCACGAGCGCAACAAGUCAAGCUACUCCAUCUUCCCGACUCGCGCGGAGGAUGUUCCUCGCCUCCCAGCCACCGUCUACAACCCAGCACGAGCAGCCAAGGGUGAAUCCAGGAUCUCGAAGCUCGCCAUGCGCCGCUUCAACCGCCGCAGCUCCGUCACCGACGUCAGCCAGGAAUUCGAGUCUAUGGACAAGCCCCACCCCUUUUUCGCCGGCCGAGCGCGCCACGCAAGCACCGACAGCAGCGCAACCGUCCAAAUCGGGCUGCGCUUCUCUCUCGCCCCCGCGACCCUCGCCACUGUAAAAUACGCCUCACCCACCGCUCCCAACGUCCCCAAGCUCGCCCGCACCGACACCGACUCCAGCGGCUCGACUCUCGGCCUCCCCAUCCAGUCCCCCUCGCCCACCGCCAUCCUGCGCCCCGCCGUCUUCUCGCCCCCUACCCCCGCCAAACCCAGCCCGGCACGCACCCCCGCAUUCCCCCUCACGCCCUCAGACAGCAGCGCGUACCUGCAAGCACAGCGCGAGAAAGUCCUCCCCGCGGCGCCCGCACGCGCAGACUCCCCACCCGUCCUGAGCGGCCUGCGCAUGAACCCCGUGACGCCCGCGGCCUCGGUCGCCGCCUCGUCCCCGACCUCCGCGACCUUCCUCGCCGACUCUGUCUCCACGCCCUCCGUGUCCUCGGCUUCUGCGCCGAGCGCCCCCCAGCACCUUACCCUCGCCAUCACGCGCUCGAAUAGCGGCCGUGCGUCGCCGUCGCCCACAGCCCGUAUCCCGCUCGGCCAGGGCACGAUGCCGCGCUCCACGCCCAAGGGCUGGUUGUAGCGGCACGCGGCUGCGCGGGUGCGCCGCGGCGCGCGGGUGCGUUGCCGCUGUACAGUAUUGAGAGGGUCGGGCAGGGGCGUUCCGGUUUCAGAUGGGUUUGGGGCGUAUCAGGACGGGGGCGUGUUUCGGGCGUGGGUGUGACGUGGCGGGCGUUGCUUGUGGGAUUGCUUGGGGCAAGGGUGCGCCCGCGUCUCGAUGACUAUGCUCCUGGCUCGACGCCGGUGGUGCCGGUGGGGCUCGCCGCUGCUGUUGCUGGCGAUGAGAGGCGCUGCUGGGUAUACCUCACCCUUCUUCACGUCACCCGCUAUUGUACAGCGCUAUGGACGCGCCGCGCCGUGCUGUGCUGUGCUGUGCUGCGCACACGCUCUUUUGCUUUCGACUCACGACGCAAUGCUUUCUUACAUACGUAUUCCCCUUUUCUUUACCGUAGCUAGCGCACCGUAGAGUGUAUGCAUACCUUUCAUG